UUCCUUCCGGGCCAAUCGUUAGCCAGAGUGGGCGGAGCGCGCGCCGGGUAGCUGCGGGUUAGGAGUGGGUCGCGUCGCCGCCAGGCAGCGAUGCGGGCUUCGGGGGUGAGGGCGCGGCCGCCGUGUCCUGCGCUGCUGCUGCUGCUGCUCUUCCUCCUCCUCCUCGGAGCCGCCGAGUCGGUGCGUCGGGCCCGGCCUCCGCGCCGCUACACCCCGGACUGGCCGAGCCUGGACUCUCGGCCGCUGCCGGCCUGGUUCGACGAGGCCAAGUUCGGGGUGUUCGUGCACUGGGGCGUGUUCUCGGUGCCCGCCUGGGGCAGCGAGUGGUUCUGGUGGAACUGGCGGGGCGUGGGGCGGCCGGAGUAUCAGCGCUUCAUGCGCGACAACUACCCGCCCGGCUUCAGCUACGCCGACUUCGGACCGCAGUUCACCGCGCGCUUCUUCCACCCUGAGGAGUGGGCCGACCUCUUCCAGGCCGCCGGCGCCAAGUACGUAGUUUUGACGACAAAGCAUCAUGAAGGCUUCACAAACUGGCCUAGUCCUGUGUCUUGGAACUGGAACUCCAAGGACGUGGGGCCUCAUCGGGAUUUGGUUGGUGAAUUGGGAACAGCUCUGCGGAAGAGGAACAUGCGCUAUGGACUGUACCACUCCCUGUUAGAGUGGUUCCAUCCACUCUAUCUACUUGAUAAGAAAAAUGGCUUCAAAACACAGCAUUUUGUUAGUGCAAAAACAAUGCCAGAGCUGUAUGACCUUGUCAACAGCUAUAAGCCUGAUCUGAUCUGGUCUGAUGGGGAGUGGGAAGCUCCUGAUGCUUACUGGAACUCCACAAAUUUUCUUUCCUGGCUCUACAAUGAUAGCCCUGUCAAGGAUGAGGUGGUCGUAAAUGACCGAUGGGGUCAGAACUGUUCCUGUCACCAUGGAGGAUACUAUAACUGUGAAGAUAAAUUCAAGCCACAGAGCUUGCCAGAUCACAAGUGGGAGAUGUGCACCAGCAUUGACAAGUUUUCCUGGGGCUAUCGUCGUGACAUGGCAAUGUCUGAUGUUACAGAAGAAUCUGAAAUCAUUUCGGAACUGAUUCAGACAGUAAGUUUAGGAGGCAACUAUCUUCUGAACAUUGGACCAACUAAAGAUGGACUGAUUGUUCCCAUCUUCCAAGAAAGGCUUCUUGCUGUUGGGAAGUGGCUGAGCAUCAAUGGGGAGGCUAUCUAUGCCUCCAAACCAUGGAGGGUUCAAUGGGAAAAUAACGCAACAUUUGUAUGGUAUACCUCAAAAGGAUCAACUGUUUAUGCCAUUUUUAAGCACUGGCCAGAAAAUGGACUCUUAAACCUUGUAUCCCCCAUAACUACCUCAACUACGAAGAUAAUGAUGCUGGGAAUUCAAGGAGAUCUAAAGUGGUCCGCAGAUCCGGAUAAAGGUCUGCUCGUCUCUCUGCCCCAGUUGCCACCCUCUGCCGUCCCUGUAGAGUUUGCUUGGACUAUAAAGCUGGCAGGAGUGAAGUAAUCAUUUGUGUGCAAGAAGGAAGAGGCACUGCCUGCUGUUUUGCUGCCUCAGUUUUUUUCUUAUAGUACCAUCGCUAUAAUCAGUGCACUUCUCUUCCCCACCCAGAGAUGGGCUUUUCCAACACAUUUCAGUCCAAGGAACUGCGUAUAUUACCCUGAUGUCUUAAUGGACCAAAGAUCUGAGAUCCAUUGUGAUUAUAUCUGUGGCAGGUCAGCAGAAGAAGGGACUGAACAGUUAAACUUUGAGUUCAUUAAUUCUAAUAUUUGGAAAUUAUCUACAGUGGAAUCUUCCCUCUGUUCUCUGAUAACCUACUUGCUUGCUCAGUGCCUUUAAGCCAAGUCACCCUGUUGUCCACAGGAGGAGGUGGAAAGGAUUUGGCAAGGUCAACCACAUGCUAUUGAGUUAGCAUCAGUUGUCACCAACAUGCCUUCUGCAAGGGGCAGGAGAGCUUUGGGGGAAAAGAAAAGGCUCACCAGGCUGCUAAUGGUCAACUCUUCAGAAAUUUCCAGAGCAAUCUAAGAGCACCAAAUUUCGCUGUGUUUACAAUGAUACUAUUAAUAAAAUGAAUGUGAUUCUGCUCUUUUUAAAUGUGAUCAAAUAAAAAAAUUUGUGUGUCAUUUCAUUUCUACCAAAAAAA